AUGUCUGUUGGUAACAUCAGCAUAAGAUCGCGUAAACCCGAAGAGGCCGUUCACGAAGGAUGGUUACUGAAGCGUGGUGAACACAUCAAGAACUGGCGACCAAGGUAUUUCGUUCUGUUCAGUGAUGGUGCCCUGUUCGGUUUCAAAGCAAAACCGGACCCAACUCAGCCGUACCCGGAACCGUUGAAUGAUUUCACCGUAAAAGAUGUUCAGAGUGUAUCAGACGCGAUCAAAGAGCGGGAAUCGUUGAUGGACACUGAAAUGACGGAUGCGGGAAGUGAAGGCGGAUUGAAUUCAGAAUCUGGGGUGAGUACGCAUCCUCCGAAUACUCAUCAUCGUGGUGUAAUGUAUUCAACGGGUAUGAAUUUGGGUCAAAAUGACGAUAUGAUGAGUAUGGCGGAUGCUGCGGAAGCGGCAAGAAGAGAUAAAAUUGUUAGUCUCAUUCUGAUGCUUCAUUGGAACAUAUCUGCCUGA